AUGGCUACAAGAUUCAAAGGGAUUUAUCACAAGAGCUUCAAGUGUUUCUCGGACGUUUUCGAUGUGAAGGAGGACGAGAUGGAAAUCGGAUAUCCUACAGAUGUUAGACACGUGUCGCAUAUUGGUUGGGACAGUUCAUCUAGUAGUGCACCUAGUUGGCUACAUGAAUUCAAGACGAGCAACAACGUCUUAGAACCAAAUUCAUCGUGGCCAUUUCAAGAUCAUUAUACAGAUUUGAAAUCUGCAAUGGAGGCAUUUGAUAAAGUUGAAAGCAGCAAAGAAAUGGGAAGAGAACCAACAAAACACAAUCUGAAGAAGAAGCUCUCUUCAAAAGCCUCUAUAUUGUGUAGUCCAUGGUCACCAAGAUUCUCAACAUCAAGCAAGAGGCGUCUAGAAAGAGCGAGAUCACCAAUAGUAGAACUACCUCCUGAAGCUCUGGUUGAAGCAAGAGGAGAAGUGCGUGAGGUAAUGGCCCAAUACGCAAACUGUGCCGACCCAACUGAAAGUGCUGCGAGAAAAGAACGACUGAGAUUAGCAGAAGAAAGAGGCGAAGUGGAUCAAACUGCUGAACAGAUGGUGCGUUUCUCACUACGUACUCAAACUCAGGCACAAACGAACGAGGAAGAAGUAUUGGAACCCCUAAUGCAUGAAAGAGUACCUGCUAUACUAAGGCUAGGACCAGUGUUGACAGACAUCCCUAUAAUGGAAGCUCCACCACGGAUUCCGGCGAAAAAACGCUUGGGAAGACCACCUAACAAAAAGAAAUCAGGGAUGCCAUCAGUAACAAAGAGGGGUUCAAGCUCAAAAACUCGAAAAGUGGUACAAAGGAAGGUGGCACAAGUCAAGAUAUCUCCGAGAAGAAGACUUACAACGGGAAGUACGUCAAGGAGAAGAAACCAGAGUUCACCCGGGAUAUCUCCAAACCAGAACCCCCAAGAUGCAGCGCCGACUUCCUCAAGAGAGCCUCCUCAGAUGACCAUAGUGCCUGCAACCUCAAAGAGGAAGAUGGAUUUUCAAAAUCCAUCCAACCCUCUUCCUUAA